AUGGCUACUGUUGCCUGUGAAAUGAGAAAAUAUGCAGUGGUAUGGGACAUUUUUAAUGAAGUGUCUGUGUAUGUGAGGUGUUCACAGGGUAAUCCCACAAAGGUGUCCAAUUCCAUGUGGGGAAAAUUGCAAAACAUUGUGAUGAUAAACGACCCAUGUGACGAGGUCUCAUACGUCAUACCAUUCUUUUUUGUGCUAGACAGAGAGGCAGCGUUGCCGCGCUACACUGCCCUUGCCACGUGCGUGCUGCAUGAUCUACGCGGGCAAUAUAAAGUGAAAGAAUAUUUCAAUCCUACACUUUUGAUAUUUUUGAAUGGGGCUCUGGCUCAGAGGCUUCCACCCUCGACUCUUACCCUGUCCGCCGGCGGAGAAGCAGUUAUGAGAAGAAGUCAAAGGAUUCGUGACGCAUGCGACCCGCACUUGCAAGGCGGCGAUGCGAGUUCUGGCACUGGGCUCGCAGUGAGAAAUGUGCUACCUGUGCCAGUGGAGAGCAGUGGAGCCUUCUCAUACCAUCCGGGAAGGACAGUUCGUUUGAAAGUGUUGGUGUCGGCAUCGUUUGGUGUAUCUCCUAUCUCUCCACACUUACCGAUCGUUCAGCGCAAUUUAGGCAGCCAUGUUCUCCAGGCACUGAAACUUCUUAGCGGCGUGACGCUUCACUCGUCACGCCAGGCCGUCAUCUCCGGCAGCGUAGAGCAGAAGUCCCUGCUGCAGCCUCCCUUGCUCGGCCGUGACCGGCUGUCGUCGCAAGGGCCACGGCCCCAGUUGGACCAGGGGCGGAUCCAGCCGAUCUUUUUGAAGGCGACCAUCCCAGAUUUAGUAUGCAUGUCACAGCAUUCAAUAGUGCUCGUGGACCUGUUACUCAAACACAAAACCAGAGAAGUAGAGAAGAAUAUUCAACAACAACAACAACAAAAAACUGACUUGCAAGGAGUCCAAGAUGUGACCAAGGAAACAAAUAAGGGGAUGAAAAUCACAGAUUUCCACCAAUCCGAAAGGAAUUACUUUUAUACUGACAAAGAAAAUGCCAAGUUUGAUUGCAGAAGAGUAUUACAGGCUAACAUCCCUACAUUAUCAAGAGGCCCUGCAAAAGAAUGGACAUUGGAUGGCAUUAAUUUCAGAACAUCAAAGCUGCCUCAUUUCAACCUGAGAAACCAUUACUUUAUAUGGUUUGGAUGUUUGGCCACAGCCAAAGGGCACUCAAUUAUGCCAAGCACCAAAGAUGCACAUAAGACUCACACUGGACAUAAGAAGUUAGAGGAUGAGGAACACAGAAAAGAGGAUAUGAGUGCAUUCAUCUGUAAAAGUAAAAAAGUUACCAGAAGUCAUUGGUCUUGUAACACGCAGUAUUUCUCUCUUUACCACACUCUUGGAACAUUAGGCAAUCCUGAGAGAAAUCCUGUUAUAAGACCAAUUACUUCUGGGACAUCCAACAUUUAA